UGUUACUAGUUUUUAAAUUGCCCUCACUAGCCUCAGCUAUUAAAGCGAUCACAAUGCAUUAUUUUUCUAUAUUGGAACAUAUCAAAGAGUAUUAUUGUGCUAUAUACCAUGGACACAACCAGAGGUGGACGAAAGCCUGUUUUCAUGUCUUGAAAUCUGGUUUAUAUUUGGCAGAAUCUUAGUUUUGUAUUUACAUUAUAGAUUGUUAACUUGCUGCACGUAAUUUCAUCGACUUUAAGCGUUCAUCUCUGAUGCAAAGACUUAAUUGAGAAGCUAAAAGCCGUGAACUCAUUAUCCACUUUUCACGCACCCCGAGGCUGCCUGUGCCCUUAAAACCAAAACCUGUCCUGCCUUGGGAAGUUGCAUGAUGUCACUUAAGUGAGAAAAGAGAGGAUGGUUGGGGCCAGCAACUUGUCUGGUGAGAAUGUUUCUUCGCUUUUUUGCAAAGAAUUUGCCCUGUGCACAACACAGUUGAGCAACUACGUAGAAGGAAAAAAAGUACAACUCGACAAAGAAGCAGCUACAGGGAAACUGGAAAAAAGCUGAUCAGACAUGAAGUUGAGGCCGUCUGUCCUCCUGUUCCUCGCAGGACUGUGUUCUCUUGCCUGCUGCCUUCCUCAGUACUACUUCAUCAAUACUACCCUGACAUGGUCGAAGGCCCAGACAUACUGCAGAGAGAGGAACGCUGACCUCGCCACCAUCUUCAACAUCGAAGACAUGAACCGACUGGUAAACGGAGCUCGAGACUCAAGACCUACGGGGAAGGCCUGGAUUGGGCUGCAUGAUAACCUCACCAGCUGGAGGUGGUCAUUUUCAAACAGCAGUUACUACAGAGACCAAGAGGCCAACUACAGGAACUGGUACUAUGGUCAGCCCGACAACUUCCUCGGAGACCAGAUGUGCGUGACGAUGUGGAGUGGAGGGGUGUGGCAGGACACACGGUGUUCCCUGAGAAACCCGUUCAUCUGCUACGAUGGUUCCAGGAUUUCCUAUCUGCCUUUCAUUUUUGUUGAACAGGAGUUGAGCUGGUCUGACGCUCAGCUGUUUUGCAGGAAGUUCUACACAGACUUGGCCAGUGUUAGAAAUGAGAGAGAGAACAAGGAAAUACAACUUUUGGCCAACAACAAGAGCGUCUGGAUUGGCCUCUAUAGGAUGCGGGAAUGGUCAGAUAAAAGUGUCUCCAACUACCGCUACUGGCAGCAAGGACAACCUGAUAAUGCUGGAGAGAAGCAGGAGUGUGUUGCUACUGAUCUGGGCAAUGGAGGCCUGUGGUCGGAUGAAGAGUGCAAUAGGGAACUCACAUUUAUUUGCUAUAUAGACAGUGAAGAGCCAGUUUUGUCCACUACAACUACUACCACAGAGACGCCAAACAAAAUAACCACCACUGAGGGAGCCUUAACCACUACAAAGACUACCUCCAAUGAAAUUCUAAACCAGACAAGUUUGGCCACCACUACUACCACAGAGACACCAAACAAAAUAACGACCAUCCAGGGACACUCAUCCAGUCCAGAACUUACUUCUGAGCAGCCAUCAACUUUACUGGUUUAUCAAACAACAUCCAUUCCUGUGAACCCAGAUCAAAGAACCACCUCUGAGACAAAAUCAACAACCAGUCAUCUAAGUACAGAGAUCACCUCAUCUGAGCAGCCUUCAACCCCAGAGGUAGACCAAACAAGACCCACUACAUAUGAAACUUCAACAAAGCAACUUUUGUCCACCACCACCAUCACCACUUCAACGUCAAACAAAAUAACAACCAUUGAGGGAGACUUACGUAGGACAGAGAUGACUUCUUCUGAGCAGCCUUCAACGACACUGGUGGAUCAAACAACAUCCACUCCUGGUGAGAAACACCCAACUUCCCAUGAAAUGUAUCAUUCCACCAUCACCACAGUGACCCAAAAUAAAAGAACCGCCUCCGAGACAGAAUCAACGACUAGUCAUCUAAGUACAGAGAUCACCUCAUCUGAGGAGCCUUCAACCCCAGAGGUAGACCAAACAAUACCCACUACAGAUGAAACUUCAACAAAGCCACUUUUGUCCACCACCACCAUCACCACUUCAACGUCAGACAAAAUAACGACCAUCGAGGGAGACUUACGUAGGACAGAGAUGACUUCUUCUGAGCAGCCUUCAACGUCACUGGUGGAUCAAACAACAUCCACUCCUGAGGUUUCAUCGCAACAGUAUUCAACUCCAGAGGGGGGUCAAACAAGAAGUGAAGAAUAUGUGGUUAGCAUGCGAGUGAAACUCACCUCUACGGCACAAAUGAGUGAAGAUGACAUGGAAAAGCUGUUUCAUGUUCUGCUGAAAGAAAUGGGACUUUCUACGAGCAUCAAGGUGGGCUUGAAGAUAUUGCCAAAAAAAUAAGAAACCAACAGACUCAGACAGAAGGAUACAUGAAGGACAAGUGGAGAAAUGAAGAUGGAAGGAACUGAAGUCCCCAAAAAGAAAUCUUUCUCGAUUUUUGUCUCGAUUAUUAAUUCAGUAUUUGCUAUAAAGUGUGUGCAACAUCACUAUCA